AUCGACGUAAGUGAACACGACUCUGUGCCGCGCCAAGUGGCAACUAAGCGGAUAAAACUAUGAAGAUAUAAGCUUAAGAUCGUAUGAAUUAUUUGUCAAUCGCUUCAACAGUCGCGGUGAUAGUCUAGAGUAGGAACCUCAUGAAACGAGAUAUUAGUACGAUGCAAAGAGCGUUUCUGGCUGGUCUGGCGCUGGUAAUGCUGGGCGUAAUUGUUUCGAUUUAUAUCGCUGUUGUAGUGAGUGAUAACACCUUCUCUAGUGAUGUGGCACCCGUUUGGGGAUACCGGUGCGUGGAUGAUCGAUGCGUAAAGACUGCAAUCUCCGAAACCUACCAGCUGGACAAGGCGGUUAGUUUUGCGGCCUGUCGUUUGAUGUGCGGAAAUGGUGCCGGAAUGCUGUGGCCCCAGCCGACCGGUGGCAUCAAGAUCGGUACCGAUCUCGUACACAUCGAUCCCGAGCAGGUGGCGAUCGAUUGGAGCGAAAACACGCAACCAUUAGCAUCGUUGUGGACAUCGGUUCGAGAACGUUUUCGUCGUCAACUUCUAGCCACAGCGCAGGGUGUAUCACUACGUACUGGUGGCCGCAAUAUCCGCAUCAAGAUGGAUAUAGAAGAUAAUUCCCUUGUCCUAAACCACGCAACGGACGAAAGCUAUAAGCUGAUGGUGAAAACAGCUACUAAUGGAUCGCUACUGGCUACGAUCACGGCGAAAACGUUCUUCGGUGGACGACAUGGCCUCGAAACACUGGUCCAAUUUGUUCUGUUCGAUGAUAUUCGUAAAGAGCUCCAGAUGGUCGCUUCGGUCACGGUAUCAGACGCACCUGCUUAUCCGCAUCGUGGACUGGCGCUUGAUACUUCGCGCAACUUCGUGACGCUGGACGGCCUGAAGCGUACGAUCGAUGCAAUGGCGAUGGUUAAGCUGAAUGUAUUCCACUGGCACAUCACGGAUUCACAGAGCUUCCCAUUAGUCAUCAAAUCGAGACCAACCCUGCAUAGAUAUGGUGCCUACACACAGCGAGAAGUGUACACGGCCGACGACGUACGUAGCCUGGUGCAAUAUGCUUUGGAGCGUGGCAUUCGGAUCAUACCGGAACUAGAUGCUCCGGCGCACGUCGGUGAAGGCUGGGAGCGAUUGAAUGUAACGAGCUGCUUCAACUACCAACCAUGGGAGAAUUACUGUGUUGAGCCACCGUGUGGACAGCUUGAUCCAACCAAGGAUGCCGUAUACGAUAUUCUACAGGAUAUUUAUCGAGAGAUGAACAACAUGUUCCACCGGUCCGAUCUAUUCCAUAUGGGUGGCGAUGAGGUUUCGAUUCGUUGCUGGAACGCCACUGAAAGCAUCCGGAGCUGGAUGAAGGUCCAAGAAUGGGGUCUUGAGCAAACGGAUUUUAUGAAACUGUGGAAUUACUUUCAAACGGAGGCUCUUCGCCGGCUCGAUAGCACACUGCCGCCCGGUGAGAAGCGUCCGAUCGUAAUGUGGACGAGCAAGCUUACGGAGUCGCCAUACCUCGAGCAGUACCUCGACAAAGAUCGCUAUCUCAUACAGGUGUGGACGACCGGUAACGAUACCAAGGUAAAGAAUCUGCUCGAGAAGGGAUACCGGUUGAUCGUCUCCAAUUAUGAUGCCCUCUAUCUGGACUGUGGGUUAGAUGGGUGGAUCACUGAUGGUAGCAACUGGUGCGCGCCAUACAUUGGCUGGCAGAAGGUGUACAACAACGAUCUGAUGGCUAUCGGUGGUCCGUACGCUAAUCAGAUACUGGGUGCAGAGGCCGCCCUAUGGACGGAGCAAUCCGAUAGCCACACACUGGACAAUCGUUUGUGGCCGCGAUUGAGUGCAUUGGCCGAACGAUUGUGGAGCAAUCCUCGUAGCGGUUGGCAGGCUGCCGAAGCUCGCAUGCUGGUGCAUCGGGAACGAUUGAUCGAGGCACAGGUAGCCGCCAACAGCAUUCAACCGAAAUGGUGCCUACAGAACGAAGGGAACUGUCCCAUCGGUGGGGAUGCUGGUCAUUCUUGAAGCAGU